CCAGCAGCACCCUUCACCUCCACAAUUGCUAUUUUCAUACGAUAUCCUGAAUUACUGGCGUGCUGGGAGAAGGGCAUUCGAAGGACCAUUUCUGAACUUCGGCUGAUUUCGACCUCUGCUCAAGCAUCAGUCGCAUACAACCUGUACUCUCCAUUACAUUACUUUCACAUUCCUCAACAUACAUUAUUCGCUUGUUCUACACACAAAACAAACAAUAAAGAGACCGAAGAAGCUUCCAAAGGUCAAGUACAAAAAAAACGGAACAGAAUAAGAGAUACGCCACUGGGCUUACUUCACCAAACGCACUCGCUGCCCGCCUGUACAUCCUCUCCCAAAAUUCCACCAAAAAAUCUCCUGCAAAGCGCAUUGUCGCAAGCGCGAAGAGAAAUGGCUCGCGGUGGCAGCGGACGCGGUAGAGGUGGCAAGAGGGAGAUGUCACGCGAACAGCAGGUUUCGAGGAAGGUCAGUUGGCUAUUGAGGCACGGGGCUGGCUCGGAGGGGUUGAAGUUGGGAAAAGGGGGGUAUGUCGGGGUUGCUGAUGUCCUCAACACAAACGCUCUGAAAUCCUUAAAGAUAACUUUCCCCGAACUCAAGGAACUCGUGGCAACAAACGACAAGCAACGCUUCUCCAUGAUCCCCGCAUCCUCUCUCUCAACAGUCGAAGCGGCCGAAGAAGCAAAUCCAGGCGAAACCCCUCAACCACCCCUCCCUUCUAUCGACGAAUCUUCCGAGGAUCCAGCAGACUACCUAAUCCGCGCCAACCAAGGUCACUCCAUCAAAGUCGACACAGAAGGCCUCCUCACCCCACUCACCCUCACCUCGCCCGCCCUCCCCGAAACAGUCGUCCACGGUACCGACGAGCGCGCAUGGUCUCUCAUCCUGAAGUCCGGCGGAAUGCGUAGCAUGGGCCGCACGCACAUGCAUUUCGCGUCCGGGCUACCUGCGGGCUUCAAAACCGUGGAUCCGGCAUCUACUACUACUGCUACAACUCAAGCCGCGUUACCGGUUAUUUCCGGUAUGCGCAACUCGUCGACAGUGCUUAUCUACAUCGAUAUCCGUAAAGCGCUUGAGGCUGAGAUCCCGUGGUUCGUCAGCGAGAAUGGCGUACUGCUUUCGUCUGGGAAUGAUGAUGGCGUGUUGGGUUGCGAGUUCUUCUCGCGCGUGGAGAAGAGAGGGAAACGCGGGGAUGCUGGUGGAUGGGAAGUGCUUAUGAGCGAAGGAAAUGUGCCUGAAGGCGUUGUUGUUGAUGUAGAUGCUUGGGAGAAGGAGGUUGGGGGGAAAGGAAAGAGAGGUGGGCGAGGUGGUGGUAGGGGUAGGGGGAAGGCGAAGGUCAAUGAUGAUUCUGCGGAUUUGCUGGCUGGUGUUUGA